AUGGCUGCAUCGUUGAAGACCCAACCCCCCGUGGUAAAGCACUAUACUGUAUCCUUUCCUCAACCCCGGACACUUCUGGUCACCAUCAACCGUGAGAAGCAGCGAAAUUCCCUACCAUCAGACGCCCAUUGGGAAGCCCUUGAGCUUUUUACUUGGUUUGACCAUGAGCCAUCCCUGCUUGUUGCCGUAAUCACCGGCGCAGGGAACAAGGCUUUCUGCGCGGGCCAAGAUUUGCAGGAACAGAACUCGAAACAGGCUCAACACAUUUCUCCAGCCCAGAAAGCAGUUUAUAUGCACCCACCCACUGGAUUCGCAGGACUGAGCCAGAGGAAAGGCUUAAAGCCCGUGUUGGCCGCCGUGAACGGGUUCGCCCUUGGCGGAGGAUUCGAGAUUUGUCUCAAUUGCGAUAUCGUCGUUGCCUCACCCACAGCCGAGUUUGGUCUUCCGGAAGCAGGAGUUGGGUUAUUUGCCGCAGCCGGCGGUCUGCCACGCCUUGCACGAGUGUGUGGUAUGCAAAUUGCCACCGAGUUGGCGUUGACCUGCCGUCGCCUACCCGCGCAAGAAGCUCUGAGCCUUCGCUUGAUAAACAGAAUCUCCAAGACGCCUGAGUCUCUGUUGGAGGAGACUUUGGCCAUUGCAAAGCGGAUCACUGAAUUUUCUCCGGACGCCAUUUUGGUCACGCGACAGGGCUUGAGGCAGGCAUGGGAGACAUCGAGUAUCCAACACGCGACCUCACGAGUUCGUGAGGCGUAUGUGGACCAGGUACUCAAAGGGGAGAAUUUUAAGAUUGGCGUGGAAGCAUUUGCAAAGAAGGUUCAACCACAAUGGGCAGAGUCUAAAAUUUGA